AUGCAAAGGUUACUGUGGCAAGGUCUUGCCAAAACGGUGCGAACUUCAGCAGUUCGGUGUAGUACUAAUGGGAGUUUUACAGGUCACCGAUUUGCGCUGAAUAGAUCACGCUGGAGGGAUACUGCUAUGUUACUUAACUACCGCACAUUUCAUGAGGGGGCAAGUUUACAGACUAAGAGAGGAAAGAAUCCCGAAAACGUUUUUUCCAAUAGCACUGAUUAUUUGCAUAUACAAAAUAUUCUUCUGCAGAAGAACCAAGCGAGAAUGGACAAGAAGAAGCUGUUAUCCGAGGCUAGUAACUUUUAUGAAAGAUUCAGAGUUAACACAAAAUGGCUGCUCAUCCGAGGAGACAGACCAUUCUCUGCUACUGAAAUAGGCACGAUGUUUUCGUGGCUACUGAUAUCGCAAAUACUUUGGAUCAUCUUGGGAACAACAACGUUCAUUUCUAUUUUAUUAUUAAUUUUGAAUACUGUUUUUGCCAAGGAAAUGGUGGGGAAGUGUGUGGGGAAAUUAUUGAAUACUUUCUUGGAUGAUGUCGAUGUCAGUUUUAAAGAUGCUCUGGUACCCGAGUGGAAAAAGGGAUGUAUACGAUUCAAUCAAGUUCAGCUCAAAACAUGUGCCGGUGAUCUAAAAAAUGAAAUAUAUGAUGAUGAUGAUGAUGAUGAUGAUGAUGAUGAUGAUGAUGAUGAUGAUGAAGCAAGCAGCUCUGUCAAACCGACCCUGACUUUUGACCUUAAGUUUCAUCAGAUCGAACUAACACUUUCACUCAAGAAGUGGAUGUUCGGCCAUGGGCUUAUCAAAGACAUAUCAGUUUUUGGAAUGAGCGGUAACGCUACCAUUAAUUAUAGCUAUACUGCCGAUUCACCAGAAAAUACAAAAUUAUUUGUUGAUUGGUUUUCAAACAAAGAGUACCAUUUGGGGAGAGUACAAAUAAAUGACUCCUGCAUCAAGGUUUACGACAAACAACUCGGAAUGCAUUAUAGGGUAUCUAUAUAUAAUAUGCUGAUGCCACAGUUGAGAUUUGGAUAUAUGCUCACGGAUUUCUUUAAUUCUGCAGUCGUGACAGGAUCCAUAAACCAUUCGCUUUUCACAAUCCAUAAGAGACAACACAAGCUUGCUUAUUUGGACGAUUUAGAGCAAGAUUUAACGCCUUGGAAGAGAAUUACAAGGUUAAGGCUUGAUUCAAUCAAUGCCAAAGAUAUGGGUCUAACAAAGAGCAAUACUUUCAACUGGAUAGAAGAUGGCAAUUUGGAAAUAGUAGCAGAUAUCAUGCUUCCUCAUGAAGAAGACGGUGUAAAACAAAAUGAGGAUACGAACAAAUAUGUGGUUUUGGAUUUGAAGUUCAAAUUCAAAGAUCUAAAAGCUGCGUUUCCAGAUGUUGCACCACGCCUGUCUACAGGUGAAACAAUAAUAUCUUUGAACGAAUUGAAACCACUCAUUACCUACAUUAAUACUCAAAACAGUCUCUUUCGAUCAGUGAUGAAUAUAGAAAAUGCAAGUUCUGCGUGGAAUUAUCCUUACACCUCAAUAACAAAACCGAAGUCGUACCCCAAUGUCACCAUUAUCCCAUCAAGUGUUCAAUGGCCAGAGGACGAAGACGGAUCUACUGCUAUGAAUCAAGAAAUCAUUAAGUUUCAUGAUCAGCCAGUCAACACUAACAACGAGAUCGUUCUUCGAUGUAGAAUUGUGAAAAAUGUUCAAGAAUUGAAAAACAUGGUAAUGUUUCAGGAAACUGGAAUUUACGAUACAUUAAGCAUGGAGCUUUAUGUUGAUUUGAUACGAAUGGUGGAGGAAUGGGAAUAUAAAAAAAAAAGUGAUUGGAUGAAAUUGUGGGGCACCACCAUUGCUUCGCAACUUUUAUUAUUUGGAUUCGGUGCCAUGGUUUAG